UAUUGACAUGUAUUUAUGAAUCACCCUGUAUAGAUAAUCUUGCCUUUAAUUAAAUCACAGACGAGGUCGUUAAAUUCAAAGAAUAAAUUGAAAAAAUAUAUAUUUUCUGUAACAGACUCAUUUUCUCUCAAAUGAUAUGUUUCAUUUUCUACUUAAUUUCAAUUCAAUUUGAACUUGUAUUUGCUUACGAACUUCAUUAUGUUAUUUCAAAAGCUGAAAUGAUCAUGCGUAAGUGAUUAUACACGAAAUUCUUCCAUUCUUUUUAUAUUGGCAGAUGAUAGGUGGCGCGACUUUCAAUACAAUAAAAUGGCCGAAAACUGAUUUUUCUACGCGGACGUGAAUUCUAAAAGAUUUUUAAUGUUUACAUAUGAAUGAAUAAGUGUUAGUUAAAGAGCAACAAUGUGCUGAAAAAAUAAUAGUUGUGUCAGUGCAAAUUGUAACUAAUUUUAAUUGGAUUGGUUUACCUUAGCACGCGAGAUUUAUGUAUUCUCUGGCACAGGCCGUCCAGCAAAAUUUCUGAUGUUUUUCUAAAGAAUUCGCGCUUAAAUGAGUGCUAAAAGGCAACAUAAGUGUGUUUUGUGUGACUCAAAAUUAGAAUCCAAGGAAGCUUUACAGGCACAUUUUAGAAAGUUUUACUGUAUAUAAAGUGUGAAAUACUUUAUACAGAAAGCAUGCUAACAAAGAAAUAGAUACUCGAGGCAGACCUGUGAAAUCUAAUAAAAAUGCUGAUACUCAAUGUGACAUGUGUGGGCAAGCGUUUGAUUCAAUCACAGCAACAAUAAGGCAUAGAUUUAAAGUCCACCCUAAUUCACCAGCAAAAUUUUAUUGUCAUUAUUGUGGAAUGCAGUUUCCUCUAAAAACGCAUAGAGAUAGUCAUCAAGCGUCGCACGAUUCGUCAGAAAGUGAGAGGAAAGAACAACAUAAAAAAUGUGAAGACUGUGAUGUAUUAUUUUAUAAUGAGAAAGCUUUAGAUUAUCACUAUCGUUCUAUACAUAAAAGAAUGGUACAUCUUUUUCAACCAAUUGCAACACCACCUCCUAGCAAUAAAAUCAAAGUGAAUUCUAUGAACGAUGCUCUUAGUGUAUAUUAUUGCCAUUUGUGUGGAGCAGAGUACAUUAUAAAAUUCAAUUUACAACAACAUUUGGAGCGAGCUCAUACUCAAGAAGAAAGAGAAGCUGUACCAGAAGAUUUAAUUAAAUGUACUGUCUGUGCUGCAUUAUUUUGCAGUAAGAAAGCAUAUGAAGUGCACAAUAGCUAUCAUCAACCAGAUGAUUUGUAUGUAACAUCAGAGGAACAAAGGUUACAAACAGUAACUAAAGUAGACCAAGAUUUUGAUAUUAGACGUGUAGAAGGUGUAGCUGAUAAGUAUCUUCCAAAAAUUAAUACACCUAAACGGCCUUCUAAAAGUUGCAGACAGGCUAAAAAAACACAAAAACUAAAUGUUAAACGAACAGAGAACGAUUAUCCCUCCUCUGACGAUGAAUCAACUGUUAUUAAUGAAUCAAGUGAUUCCGAAAGUGAUCUUCCCUUAAAACAAAGGAUUUGCAGCUAACGGAAGUCGUUUAUUGUUUUUAAGAUAUUUACAAAUAUUGAAGAUUUUUCAAAUGUCACAAUUGUGUUAAAAAUGGUUGUCAGUAUGAAAUUUUUAUUAUUUUUGUUUUCAAAUUUAUGUAUUGAUAUGUAAAAUGUAUGUCUGAAUGAUUGUAGAUGAUCAAUACUAUAUUAGUAUUUUUGUAACAACA